AUGAACGUACACCCGACCGAAUGGGUUUCGCUAUUCGUCAUCCUACUAUUGACCUUUCUGAUGUUGGUAUCGCUAAUGUGCAAGUACAAAUCGUACAAGUCGAGCCGACGGUAAGUUGUUGCACAUUAUACUGCUUGUACUUAAGGUUUUGUUCCAUUUUUGCAUUCUAAAGUACAUUAAGCUAGCUCAUGUAGAGCAAAAUAGCAACCAUGAAUCAAAAGAAAACUUUUUUAGUGACUCCACAGUAGCACCAGAAUCCCCAAUAGCUAAUAUAUCAGAAAGAAUCGAAGAAUUGAAACAACAGGUAAGUCAAUCUUCCUUCAAUUCUCGGGUUUAGUGAUCAAAGUUUAAAAAAUGUCAUUUCAGGGAAAAUGGCAGCCUCCUGAGCCGGAAAAGCCCCCAGAGCCUCGUAAGUACUGUAAAAUUCCCUUUUCUCUCUGUUUUACCUUUAAAUCCCAAGCACUGUAUCGUAGUAUAGUAAGUAAAGUAAACAAAAACCUAAAGCCAAGCAAGCGUAAUAGUAGAAUUUUAAACUUUCUUCAAAACAACCUAUAAUUCAACCCAAAGUUCUGAAUAUUGCUGUCAUUUUGACAAACAGCUUUACAUAUUAGUUUGAUAAAAUAAUCAAUCUAUUAAAUAAUCAUAUAGACUUACUGUUUUAGCAUCUGAAACCUCGUCUCAACCAGCCUCAAAAGUCGAAGAAGAGUUGCUGGGAGUAGGGCCAUUACCUCGCGACAUUGAACGUGAAAUGGAAGAAGAAGAGGCAAGGCGAAAGCACAUCGACCCACAAUUUGUUGUAUAA